GCUUUUGCUGGUUCAAAUACUCUCAGCAAGUGCAGACACGGACAAUAGAAAAGAGCGUUGCACAGCCUCAGAGCAGCUAGAAGAUUUACCUGUUUUUUAUACGGUUAAGGUCCACCCGACGCGAGAAAGACGUGAAAUAGUUUGGACACAUCUGUUUCUUUGAAUCUUCUCAGUCAUUACUGGCAGUGAAAAAACUGUAUUUGGACGCUGAGUAGCACCACUUCAGAGGUCAUCAUGCCUCCAACAACACCAUAUGCAGGAAAGUUCAGCUCUUGCGUUCCUUACAGCAACAGCACCAACCACCCACAGCCUGUAAGUCCAUACCGCAGCAGCACUGUCCCGAAACCCGCAAGGGAGAACAUCUACAAUGGUGCCUACUCGGUUGGAGAGAACCCCUACGACAUACCUCAGACUCACAGUGUGGCGUAUCGAAGCGCCUCCGUCUCCUCGGUGAAUGCGAAGGAGCAUCAUUACAACAGCUGUGCUCUUUCUGAGAACCCGUACUCCUCGCCGCAGCCUCACAGCCCUCGCCAGCACAGCACUUCCUGUCCAGGCCGUGCGCACCGCCACACGAGCGGCAGCAGUGGCAGUGAGCAGUCAUGUCGUAGCAAUAGCGUAGCGGCGGCGAAAGCUCGAAUUUACGGACACGGCGUCACCACCAGCUAUGGGGAGAUGUGUUACCAUGACAAUAGCUUGGUGUCAGCAUCUCUUGAGGCUCUGAUUCAGCACCUGGUUCCCACAGUGGACUACUACCCCGAUAGGUCAUAUGUGUUCACUUUCCUGCUGAGUUCACGCCUCUUCCUGCCCCCCUACGAGCUCAUGACGAGGGUUUGUCACCUGUGUGUGGAGCAGCAGCGGUCCGGAGAUGCCCUGCUGGAUAAGAUCCGUUUCCGUGAGGUGGCCCCUAAGCUGGUACAGCUGCUGACUGAGUGGACUGAGACGUUUCCAUACGACUUCAGGGAUGAGAGGAUGAUGCGCUGCCUCAAGGACAUGACACACCAUGUGGCCAGAGGGGAUGAGUAUUCUUGGCGAGCUAUGCAGCAGAUGACCCAGCGUCUGAUCAAACGCCUCUCUGCGCUCGGCCAGUACGAGGAGGCAGUGGCUGCGCUCAAUGCCGUGGCAAUGGAGCGUCCCGCUUCCUUGAAAAGCAAGCAGGCUUCGGCGCAGCGCAGCGACGUACUGAGCGUGUGCGACGAUCCCUUCGUCCUCGCCCAGCAGCUUACACACAUUGAACUGGACCGACUGAGUUUUAUUGGUCCUGAGGAGUUUAUCCAGACAUUCGCCAUGAAGGAUCCUCUGGAGAACCAUAAGGGUUUCUUUCGGAAACGUAAAACCAGCAACCUAGAGGCUUACGUCAGCUGGUUCAACAGACUGAGUUAUCUAGUGGCCACUGAGAUCUGUAUGCCGAUGAAGAAGAAACACAGAGCGCGGAUCAUAGAGUUCUUCAUCGAUGUUGCUCAGGAGUGUUUCAACAUUGGCAACUUCAACUCUCUCAUGGCCAUCAUCACUGGGAUGAACAUGAGUCCUGUCGCCAGACUGAAGAAAACCUGGAAUAAAGUCAACACAGACAAGUUUGAUAUCCUGGAGCACCAGAUGGACCCAUCCAGUAACUUCAGUAACUACCGCACUGCACUCCGUGGUGCUACCCAGAGGUCUGAGACCGCACACAGCAGCCAGGAGAAGAUUGUGAUUCCUUUCUUCAGUCUCCUCAUUAAAGACAUCUACUUCCUGAAUGAAGGCUGUGCCAGCAGACUGUCCAAUGGACACAUCAACUUUGAGAAACUGUGGGAGCUCGCAAAACAGGUGAGCGAGUUCCUGGUGUGGCGUCAGGUCAUCUGUCCGUUCGACAGAGACCGGCGGAUCCUUCAGUACCUUGUCACUACACCUAUUUUUACCGAAGACGAGCUGCAUCUGGCUUCAUAUGAGAGUGAAGGACCAGAGAACAACUUGGAGAAAGACAGUCGCAGGUCUCUUCGAUCUUCACUUCUCCAUCGAGAGAAUCGGACCUAAAGCCAAGACAAUCUCUGCUUUAAAGACUGUAAAUCAGUCAGGUGACUGUAUUAUCAUACAGACACAGAAGAUUCUCACGGCCACAGUUUAAAUCUUGGACUUAAUACGAGCUGGGUCCACAUCCCACCUAUAUUCUUUUUACGUGGGCUUUGAGGUCACAAGGAGCAUAAAUGAUAACUCCAUAAAAUUCAUCCAGUGCCAAAGACGCCCAUUUUAUGUUAUUAUUGUAACCCUCUGUCCCUACAAAUCUUCAUGCAUUUAAAUAAUUUAUGAAACUAAUGAGUCUCAAGAGGAGCCUGGAUUAGCUGUGCUGCUUGUACAACAUCAACUCUGUCCAAGGCGCUCACAGAAUAUCAGAAGAAUCCAGAAUUGGCCAGAAGUCUCUGGACUGGGUGUAUAUCCCCAGCGGAUCCCACAUUAGCCUCAUAUUGCAGAACGAUUCAUAUGUUGAAGGGGAGGUUCUGUCUCUGAACGAAACCAUUAUGGGCAUAAAUGAGUUUCAGAGCUACAUUAGCGCUGCUUCCCUGCAGAUUUCCUUGCUGAGAACCACACAGAGAGAUGAAAUCCGAAAGGACGGACCGAUUUACAUCGAUUUGUGUUAUAAAUAACGGGCUAACAACUGCUUUUUAGAAGUUGUGUUGCUGCUUGUUGUCUUGUUGAGUGCCUCAGUUUUAAUGCCAACGUGUCGAGCAGAACCUGCACCACGUCCACUCCAUUAGCUCCCACUCUGCACAGUCAUUUGAUACUUUUGUGUAAUGGAAGCGCAUAAUACCAGUCAGUGCAUCAGCGACAUUAUUCCAGCACGCAUUGAGGCAGUGCAUUUAUCAGCCAUGUUAUUUGGUUCUAAGCAUUUUGUGAUGUGCACACUUUGACUCUGGUGGUGAUGCAAAACUGUGUAAGUGACAGCAACAUCAUAUUAUUCAUGCAAACUACAUCAAAAUGCACUUCAGUGUGUUCUUGUGUAAUAUAUAUAUAUAUAUAUAUAUAUAUAUAUAUAUAUAUAUAUAUAGGUAACUUUCUAUACUAUAGUAUUAAGUCGUAUUUUGUAUCAGAAGGCUGAAAUGUGUUUUUAUGUACUUUAUUUGAUGUUUUGCCAUGAGCUUAUUGCUGGUUGGCUGGUUUUGUGUUAAGCUAUCAAACACCAGUUUACAUAUAAAACUAUUAUGGGUCUGUAUGAAGUGCAAACUGAUGUGUGUGUGUGUGUGUGUGUGUGUACAAAAACAGGAUUCCCAUCCUUAUCUUCAUCUCAGCUGUGAUGAUGUGUGUGAUGUGGUUCUUUGAAAUCCAGCUAUGACUGCUACUUUUUAUGUCAUUUUAUAAACAUUUUGUCUUAUAUGCUACUAUUGUGUGUAUCUUUUGUGUCACCAGUCAGGGUACUUAUACUGAAGGUCGUUGUGUAAAGAGAAUUAUCUAUUUUCUUUCAAUUAAAUAAAAUAAAAUAA